GGCGCGGCGGCGGCGGCUGGGGGGCGGGGAGGGGGGCUCACGACCCCAGGCAGGGGGUCUCCGGGCGGCCGAGGGCCAGUUGCCGUUCCCCCCAGCAGCAGCAGCAGCAGCAGCGGCGGCGGUCACGGUCACUGCCACGGCCACGGCGGGCAUGGCCUCCUGCGCUGAACCUGCCGAGCCCAGGGCCCCGCCCCCUGCCGGGGUCCCCCGGCUCGAGGACUUCGAGGUGCUGGACGCAGUGGAGGACGCUGAGGCCGAGGAGGAGGAGGAGGAGGAGGAGGAGGACGGAGACCUGAGCGAGCUCCCGCCCCUGGAGGACAUGGCCCAGGCCCCUCCGGAGGAGGCCGAGGGGCAGGGGCAGCAGCCCGGGGCCCUGGCCCGGGAGUUCCUGGCCACCAUGGAGCCUGCACCCGCGCCGGCCCCGGCCCCCGAGGAGUGGCAGGAUAUUUUAGGCAACGGGCUGCUGAGGAAGAAGACGCUGGUCCCGGGGCCGCCCGGCUCCAGCCGGCCUUCCAAGGGCCAGGUGGUCACCGUGCACCUGCAGACGUCCCUGGAGAACGGCACACGCGUGCAGGAGGACCCGGAGUUGAUGUUCACGCUGGGAGACUGUGACGUCAUCCAGGCCCUGGACCUCAGCGUCCCACUCAUGGACGUGGGGGAGACGGCCAUGGUCACUGCUGACUCCAAGUACUGCUACGGCCCCCAGGGCAGCAGGAGCCCAUAUAUUCCCCCGCACGCGGCCCUGUGCCUGGAGGUGACCCUGAAGACGGCCGUGGACGGGCCCGACCUGGAGACGCUCACCGGCCAGGAGCGCGUGGCCCUGGCCAACCGGAAGCGCGAGUGCGGCAACGCCCACUACCAGCGGGCAGACUUUGUGCUGGCCGCCAACUCGUACGACCUGGCCAUCAAGGCCAUCACCUCCAGCGCCAAAGUGGACAUGUCGUUGGAGGAGGAGGAGGAGCUGCUGCAGCUGAAGGUCAAGUGUCUGAACAACCUGGCGGCCUCGCAGCUGAAGCUGGACCACUACGGCGCGGCGCUGCGCUCCUGCAGCCUGGUCCUGGAGCACCAGCCCGACAACAUCAAGGCGCUGUUCCGCAAGGGCAAGGUCCUGGCCCAGCAAGGCGAGUACAGCGAGGCGAUCCCCAUCUUGAGGGCGGCCCUGAAGCUGGAACCUUCCAACAAGACGAUCCACGCGGAGCUCUCGAAGCUGGUGAAGAAGCACGCGGCUCAACGAAGCACGGAGACCGCGCUCUACCGCAAGAUGCUGGGCAACCCCAGCCGGCUGCCCGCCAAGUGCCCUGGCAAGAGCGCCUGGUCCAUCCCGUGGAAGUGGCUCUUUGGGGCGACAGCAGUCGCCCUCGGGGGCGUGGCUCUCUCCGUGGUCAUCGCUGCCAGGAACUGAACCGGGGCUGUGGGCUGCCAGCUCUCCGCGCGCCGUGGACGCACCCCAACGCCCGUCCCCCGCAGCCCACGCUCCUUCACGCCCCUUCUGCCCAGGCCUCCCGUCUCUCCGUGGCUCCUCCCGGUCCUGUCCCUCUUCCGGGUGGGGGGGCACAGCAAGGGUUGCAGGUGGCAUGGGGUCGUGCUGAGGCCCCACGGGAGGGCACCCGGAGGGAGGGGCCCUUGUCCCUCCAGCCCCCUCCCCGCCCCAACUGCUCCCCCUGGGUUAUGGGGGUCUCCAGCCUUCAGGCCUGGGCCUGGUGUGGGGAGGCGGCCUUUCCUGGGCCCUGCCAGCCCUGCCAGCCCCGCCAGCCCUGCCAGCUGCCCCUCCCCACCCCAACACCGUGGAAUAAAACCGCCAGUCCUGCA